AUGCUGAAAUGUGUUGAUCCAACGAAUACAGUCUUAGUGAAUUAUUUGCAAACAAUUGAUACUACUAUUGAGACUGGGAUUCUAUUGGCAAGGGAGGAGACAAGGUCUAAACGUACGAAGAAGACUGAAACUGGUUCUUCUAAAAAACCAAUCAAUGAGUCUAAGUCUAAGAAGAUUCCAAAGAAGCAACCAAUCGCUGUUGAAGAGCCAGUGACACACGAAGUUUCGAUUGCUGACACAAACUUAAUUAAGCAUGUUACUCAUCAGGGAAUCCUAUUUCGUGAAAUUCUAGCGCCUGUUUCUCCAUCAUCAAAGAAACGAAGGGCUGAAUAUAUGGCUAAACAUAUUUCAAAGAAGAAGAAGAAGACAAGUACGAUGAUCAUCUCUACUGAAUCUACAAAUGAUGAAGAUGAAAGGAUUCCAGAAACUCCUGAAGCAAAUCUCCAAAAAGAUACUUCUACUCCUUCACAGACAGUUGUUAUACCACCUGAAGAUUCGGUUGCCUAG